UUCGUUAGUGUACUUAACAGGCAAAACACGAGCCGUCCAGUUAAGUCUUAUAUAAACAGAACCAACCCAGUUAGAUCUAGUUAUAUAGCUAUGUUGUUAGCCAAUAACGAGUCAACAAGUCAGCGGGCUAAUGAUAGGAAGUGGGUGUGUGUGUAAGCCGGUGGUGGCUGCAAGACUACAGAAGAAGAAAAGCAUCUUGCUGGCUAGUUAUUUGGUUUCUUUUCAAAACUAUCUUUCAGUAAACUGGGAAAAGCUGGGGGAAAAUAGCUACCAAGCUAACGACAGUCAGGCAGUCCGUCGGACAGCGAGCACCAUGACCGAAACCAACAUGACUGACUCCAAUGUGAAGGUCGCUGUCCGAGUUCGACCAAUGAACAGGAGAGAAAAAGACCUGAACACAAAAUGUGUGGUGGAAAUGGAGGGCAACCAGACAGUACUGCACUCUGCCAGUGGGAACCUGGGCAAAGGAGACGCCAGGAGUCAGCCGAAGGUUUUCGCCUAUGAUCACUGCUUCUGGUCAAUGGACGAGUCUGAAACAGACAAGUUUGCUGGUCAGGAUGUGGUCUUCCAGUGCCUUGGAGAGAGUCUUUUGCACAACGCGUUUGCAGGCUACAAUGCCUGCAUCUUUGCUUAUGGUCAGACAGGCUCGGGUAAGUCAUUCACCAUGAUGGGCUCGGUGGACCAGCCAGGACUGAUCCCGCGCCUCUGCAGCUCAUUAUUUGAGCGCACGCUGCAGCACCAGAGGGAAGAGGAGAGUUUCACUGUGGAGGUGUCUUACAUGGAAAUCUACAACGAGAAGGUCCGUGAUCUGCUGGACCCCAAAGGGAGUCGGCAGGCCCUGAGAGUGAGAGAACACAACGUCCUGGGGCCCUAUGUGGAUGGCCUUUCCCGCCUUGCCGUUGCCAGUUACAAGGACAUUGAGUCUCUGAUGUCAGAGGGAAACAAAUCACGCACAGUGGCUGCCACCAACAUGAAUGAGGAGAGCAGCCGCUCCCACGCUGUCUUCAUCAUCAUCCUGACGCACAAACUGAAGGAUCUCCUGUCGGGGACAAGUGGGGAGAAGGUGAGCAAGCUGAGCCUGGUGGACCUGGCAGGGAGCGAGCGGGCAGCCAAGACUGGCGCAGCAGGCGAGAGACUGAAAGAGGGCAGCAACAUAAACAAGUCUCUCACCACACUGGGGCUGGUGAUUUCUGCCCUGGCGGACCAAGGUGCUGGGAAGAACAAAAGCAAAUUUGUGCCCUACAGAGACUCUGUGCUCACCUGGCUGCUCAAGGACAGUCUGGGAGGGAACAGUCGGACAGCCAUGGUGGCAACAAUUAGCCCAGCGGCAGACAACUAUGACGAGACCCUGUCCACCUUACGGUAUGCUGACCGUGCCAAGAGUAUUGUAAACCAUGCAGUGGUGAAUGAAGACCCCAAUGCCAGAAUCAUCCGCGAGCUCAGAGAAGAGGUGGAGAAGCUCCGAGACCAGCUGUCUGAGGCCGAGUCCAUGAAAGCUCCAGAGCUGAAGGACAGGCUGGAGGAGUCUGAGAAACUGAUCCAGGAAAUGACUGUCACCUGGGAGGAGAAACUGAGGAAGACAGAGGAGAUCGCUCAGGAGAGACAGAAACAGCUGGAGAGUUUGGGGAUCUCUUUGCAGUCAUCUGGAAUUCGGGUAGGAGAGGACAAGUGCUUCCUGGUCAAUCUCAAUGCCGACCCCGCCCUCAACGAGCUGCUGGUUUACUACUUAAAGGAGCACACGUUUGUGGGCGCAGCCGACUCCCAGGAUAUUCAGUUAUGUGGAAUGGGCAUCCAGCCCGAGCACUGUGUCAUUGACAUCUCGGCAGAGGGCGUUGUAGUCCUCACCCCUCAUCGCAAUUGCCGCACGUGUGUAAAUGGCUCUCCUGUCACCAGCCCAGUCCAGCUUCACCAUGGCGACCGCAUCUUCUGGGGCAAUAACCACUUCUUCAGGAUCAAUCUGCCUAAGCGGCGUUCGCAGGGUGGGGCCGAGGAGGACGAGAGUGGGGUCGGGGUCAUGAAGAGCAGCAACAGCAACGAACAGCUGGACGUAGAUGGAGACACGACAAGCGAGGUCUCCAGCGAGGUCAGCUUCAGCUACGAGUUUGCCCAGACUGAAGUCAUGAUUAAGGCCCUGGGAAACAAUGACCCCAUGCAGGCCGUGCUGCAGAGCCUGGAGAGACAGCACGAGGAAGAGAAGCGCUCAGCUCUGGAGCGUCAACGGCUGAUGUACGAGCAGGAGCUGCAGCAGCUGCGCAGGCGACUCACCACAGACAAGCCACAGUCCCUGCAGUCGCCGCAGGGCUUGCAGCAGCAGUACCGCAGCAUGGAGAGGCUGACUCUGGGAGGGGUCUCCAUCUCCUCGUCCAGUGGGCAGAACCGCCUACGCCAGUGGAGCGAGGAGAGGGAAGCGGUGCUGACACGGAGCUUGCGGAAGCUGAGAGAACAGAUCGUCAGAGCAAACCUGCUGGUGCAGGAGGCUGGCUUCAUCGCAGAGGAGCUGGAUAAGAGGACAGAGUACCGUGUCACGCUGCAGAUCCCUGCAGCCAACCUCAAUGCCAACAAGAAGCGAGACGCAGUGCUGAGUGAGCCAGCGGUGCAGGUGCGCAGGAAAGGCAAGGGAAAGCAGAUCUGGGCCAUGGAGAAGAUGGAGAACCGACUGGUGGACAUGCGUGAACUCUACCAAGAGUGGAAGGACUAUGACGAGGACAACCCUGUGAUGCGCUCCUACUUCAAGAGGGCUGACCCAUUUUUUGACGAGCAGGAGAACCACAGCUUGAUCGGGGUGGCAAAUGUCUUCCUUUCCUGCCUCUUCUACGACGUAAAGCUGCAGUACGCCGUUCCCAUCAUUAACCAGAAGGGGGAGGUGGCAGGGCGGCUGCAUGUGGAGGUGCUGCGAGUAAGCGGGGGGUUUGAGGAGAGUGUGGUCGAAGAAGAGGAUCCUGUGGGGGAGAUACCGGAACGCAAGCUGGUCUGCAUGGUUAAGAUCCUCCAGGCCACAGGGCUUCCUAGGUACCUCUCCAACUUUGUGUUCUGCCAGUACUCCUUCUGGGACCAGGAGGAGCCUAUCAUUGUAGCACCGGAGGUGGACCCCUCUGCCUCCUCCCCAACCAGUAAAGACCCUCACUGCAUGGUGGUGUUUGACAGCUGCAAGGAGCUUGCGGUGACUGUGUCGGAGGACUUCAUCGAGUACCUGACAGAGGGUGCUGUGGCCAUCGAAGUGUACGGACACAAGCAAUCAGACCCACGGCGGAACCAGGCCUUGUGGGACCUGGGCAUCAUUCAGGCCAAAACACGCACUUUACGGGAUAGGUGGAGCGAGGUAACCCGGAAGCUGGAGUUGUGGGUCCAGAUUCUGGAGCUUAAUGAGGUUGGGGAGUUUAUCCCUGUGGAGGUGAUCCCUGCUAGGGAUGUCCGAACUGGGGGAAUCUUCCAGCUCAGACAGGGCCAGUCCAGGAGGGUGCAAGUGGAGGUGUGUUCUGUCCAUGACUCGGGAACAAUGCCACUUAUCGUCGAGUCAGUGCUUUCUGUCUCCAUCGGCAACGUAGCAAUCCGGCAGGCACAUUUGUCCAAAGGAAGCGAAUCCCAGCAGGGAGGUGAUGAUGACAUGGACAGCUACCAGGAACGAGAUCUGGAGCGUCUUCGGCGGCAGUGGCUAAUGGCUCUGACCAAGAGACAAGAAUACCUGGACCAGCACCUGCAGAAGGUGGUCAGCAAGCCAGACAAGUCUGAGGAUGACAUGGAACGUGAAUCCCAGUUGCUGGAGUGGCGUCUGACACUGACAGAGGAACGCAACGCUGUAAUGGUGCCAUCUGCCGGCAGUGGCAUUCCUGGUGCCCCUGCAGAGUGGGUCCCUGUUCCUGGAAUGGAGACACACAUCCCCGUCCUCUUUCUGGACCUCAGUGCAGAUGACUUUAACUCCCAGGACAACCUGGACUCCCCCAGGCCUGGUGGCUGGGACGGCUCCCUGAGUGGGGAGGAUGAGGACGAAUUCUUCGACCUGCAGAUCGUCAAGCACCAUGAUGGAGAGGUGAAAGCAGAGGCAUCGUGGGACUCCACAGUGCAUGAGUGUCCCCAGCUCAGCCGGGGCACUGCAGCAGAGCAGAGGGUGUUCCUGACAGUGCGAACCAUGGUGCAACUCAGCCACCCCGCUGAAAUGCAACUGGUCCUACGCAAGCGCAUCUGCGUUAACCUCACUGGCCGACAGGGGUUUGCUCAGAGCUUUCUGAAAAGGAUUUCCCAGAGGAGUACUAUCCCUGGCUGUGGAGUUACCUUUGAGAUCGUUUCCAACAUCCCUGGGGAUGCCCAGGGCUCAGAGGACAGGGAGAUGCUCGCCAGACUUGCUGCCAGCACUGACAAUCCACAGUCAGCAGACAGCGAGGCAGCCAUCGAGAAGUACCUUCGCAGCGUACUAGCUGUGGAAAACAUCCUUACACUAGACAGACUGCGGCAGGAAGUGGCGGUGAAGGAACACUUGGCAAGCAAAGGAAAAGGACACAGGCGCAGUCUCAGCUCUCCAAAUGUACACAGGUUGUCUGGGAGCAGACAGGAUCUCUCUUUAAAUUACAUGCCGGAAGACAAGGGUCACUGGGAGAGCCAGCAUGACAUAUCCAUAAUCUCACCCCAGCUGAGCCGCACCAUGCCCCAAUCAUCCUUGUCCCAAAACCAGGAUGCAGAACAAGUGAAGGCCUUGGUCCCACAGAUGCCCAAGUUGCUCAAGUCUCUCUUCCCUGUUCGGGAUGACAAGAAAGACCUGCGCCCAUCUCCCCUCACUCAGCAGGUCACACCACGUAUUAUGGUACAGUCUCCAAGCGUUGACGAAGGCCCACUUAAACCAAAGCUGGUGGCUGCAGAGGGAGGGACUCCUGCUAUGGAGGAGCAGAGCCAUGGUGCAGAGAGACAACCUGAGUAUCCCGAAGCUCCGUUUUCUUUUGCUCAAGAGACGCAAGAUAUGCCCCUCAGCCCUGUAAGCGAAGUAUCAAGUGGAUACUUUUCCACCAGCGUUUCCACAGCAACGCUGUCUGACGCUUUGGUACCAAGCAGGGACCAAACUCCCUCUACCAGUCCGGGUCCAGCAAUGGUCACUGUGGCAAGCAGCCAAGGUGACUGUGAGAGCAAGGACAUGAUGGGUAACUCCAGUGAUUUUAUAGUGACAUCAGAGAAGAACAGGUCAUCAGAGCUGCCUGACAUAGAGCAACAGCCUAAGAGGAUAAUGGCCCAGCAGGCAGCAGAUGGCAACGUCCUUCCGUCUGCCUCUCCCCAUGAAAUAUGUCAACCCCCCCCCCCUCCCUGUCCCCCUGAAAUCCACCACAACCCUCCAAAAACACAUCAAAUCUGCUCAUCUCUCUGUGAAUCACAGCAUGACAGCCCCACUCCAAUGUUACCCCCCCAGGAACAACCAUCAAAAUCCACAGGAACGAACCCCUUCAAAAUACAGAAGGUGAAGACCUCUGACCUGAAAUCCUUUACACGCAUCCUGGUCGAGGAUGUGGAGGAGGAAGGGGUGAUGGCAGGACAGGGGGAGGUCCUGGAGAAGCUACAGAUCACCUUAGAUUCAGAGGAGGGGCAGGAUGAAGCCCUUGCAGACUGGCUGAGAGAAGGCGAGCAUGUGACAGUUGGUACCAACAAGAGUGGGAUGGUUCGCUACAUUGGACCCACAGACUUUGCCGACGGCAUCUGGGUUGGUGUAGAGCUGGAUGCCCCUACUGGCAAGAACGACGGCUCUGUUGGCGGUCGGCAGUACUUUCGCUGUAACCCUGGUUACGGUGUGCUGGUCCGGCCAGACAGAGUCAGCCGUGGGGGUGGAGCCAAGCGACGUGGGGAGAACCGCCCUAGUGGCAAUUUCUUUGGGUCCAGCCCCAAUCUGGCAGCCCUAACCGUACUGGCCAAAGGUGAGCGAGGCGGAAUCACUCGACGGGGGGAGAACCGCAAGUCCUGGAACACCUGAGAGUGGGGGAGAGCCUAGCACGAAGGCCACUGCCCUUGAUGGGCUGCUGCUUCAUUACAAAGGAGACGGGGUCUGACUGACAGUUCGAUGGGCCCUGCAGUCUGCACACGUGGUACAGGUCAGGGCGACUGUGGCACCAUCUUCUCCCCCUCAUGAACACUGACAGAAAUGCACUAUGUUACAGGAUGCACCUGUUCUGAAACCCCUUCCUUACCUCCUACCAUUUGUUUUUCUACAGCCAUUUUCCCUGUAUCUUCCUUGUCUUUAUAUAGAAUAUUUAAAAAUUAUAUUCCACAAUGUGCCUUUAUGAAUGAAAAUUUCAUGUCCCUCCUUGGAGAGAAAAUGCCUUGUUUUAGAUUUUAAGUGAUCUCAGGGACUGUUCAGAGCAUGAAUGUGCUUUUGGGAGAUGGCAGUUACUGCCAGGGUUGAAAAUCUGAGAAUCCUUUAUUUUUUCCGUCUUUGGGCUGUAUUUGCAGACCCUUCCUUUUAUACUAGUCCAUAGUGUGAAAUUUUAAACAAAUGUCAGAAUAAUUGGGAACAAAUUGCACAAUGUAUAAUUCUCCUGUUAGACUUGGGUCCAGGGUAUUGUUCCAAAUACAGUAUAAAUUGGUAAUUUUCAUUUCAGAGGUUGUGAGAUGAAUAAAGUUUAUAUUCUGGAGACAGAAUAUCAGAGCUUUUGUGUUGCAUGUAUAAAAUGUAUUGGGAUGUAAUUGUCCUGAAGUGUGUAUUGGGUCUAUAAUACUGUAUGAAUGCUAUGUGAACUGAACUUUUUAUGUGUUGGAGAAGAUGCCUCUGUCUACUGCUUUCUUCAGGCUCGAUUCCUUGUCAACAUUUUAUAAACAGUAGCUUUUUAAUGUUUUGUGUAAUCGUUUCUUAUGCUGAAUCACCGAGGACACACAAAGACUUGGCUUCUCCCCCUCCCCCCCUUUUUUUUUUUUAAGCAUUCUUCAGAUCUAUUUAUAUGUCAUAACUACGGCCACAAGUUUGUCUCCUCUUUUGUUGUACUUAAGUACAUUGUACUUAAGUCCUCCGUCAGCAAGCGGUCAUGAUAGCCUCUUUGUCAAGCCUUUCUAAAACCAUUGUCCCUUUUGCACCACUUCAAUAAUCUAACGUAAGGCUGCAUUCACACCAGAUCAAGCCGCUAAUUAAGCACAGAUGAUGAUUGAUGGCGAUGUUUACAAGCUCACGUUAGUAGUAUCAGGUAUUUUUCGGAUAAGCUUGGAGAUCCCACAGAGUCUGCUGGUUUUUUUUUUUUUUUUAAGAUCGGCAACAAAUUCAGACCCAAGAAACCAGGUGACCUGAGUUAUUAGUGUAGUCAAAUGCUUUAACUUAUCAAUUGCUAUGCUGAAUAACAACAAAAGCCAGCAGACCAGAAGCAAGGACCACUGACUCAAAGACAUGCUUUUCAUAGCAUUUAAACUUCCUUCCAUGUUCACUUUCUCAAUUACAAACUUAACUGUACAAUUAGUCGCUUGUCUGUGCCAUUGCAGUGCCUGUGGGGACACCUGGAGGAUAACCACUGAAAUCCCUGAAGGAGACAAACUGGUGGCCGUUGCCAUAACCAGUAAAGGCAUCACUUUCAUAGUGCAAAUGAAAAACUAUUUUAACACUAUCAGACUAACUGUCAUAUUGUUCUAAGAAUCCUCCUAAUGUUCAAGGCCAUUUGUAAUGUGGUUAGAAUGGUGGCUUGGACAGAAAAAACAUAGGGUUUCUGAAAAGCUUUCAAAUCUGCCAUAUUGAUUUUCACUGCAUGGAAUCAUUUGAAGCUUGAUUCACGUGGAACUGCAUCUGUAUGUAUCUCAGUUUGUGCGAAAAGGAGGAUGUGCUGUUGAGACGUUGCUAUACCAAUAUUUUUAAAAAAAUCUUUUAAUAGAAUGCCUUGCUACAAUUAUUAUGCAAAGUAAUGCAUGCUACUCGAUUUUAACGCUUGUAUAUUUAUUUUGUAAAAUGGAAAUGAGACAUUUUAAUUGUACUAAGAUUUCUCACAUGAUUUUAUUACUAUGGGACUCUAAUAAACAUUAUAAAUGGAGAAAUAA